CUCAGCAUCUUUAUUUGCUGCUGGGAUAAUCUAAGCCGGCCUUAUGUCACUUCUAUCUGAUCUUGCAAAACGUCCUUCAACACCACACUAGGACCUGAGCCCAUCCUUCCUUGCUCACAAUAUUCCUUUCAACCAAUGGCUACCUCCUCCUCUUCUUCCCCUUCCUCUCCUUCUUCCCCUUCUUUCCCAUCCCCGCCCGCAUAUUCAGCGCAUUCAUCUUCGAGUCCACUCUGGAAAAUCAAGAAUGCUAAGUACCGGUCCACUUUGAAGGAGGGCCAGCCGAGUAUAAAAGAUCUCCAGAACCACCUUGAAUACAUCAGAGAUCCGCACUUUACAAGCGCAGUCAGUGGUUAGAGCAUUUGAACCAGACGACUUCUAAUGUCUCCUCGCAGUACGGUCCAGAUCACAUAUCAC